UCGUACAGCGGCAAGGCGACAUUCUAUAACCCAUCCGUCGGUCUCACCUCCUGCGGCGGGCAGUACAGCGACGAUGACAACAUCCUCGCGCUGAAUGCGGGCAUGAUGACAGCCAAGUGGUCUGCCAACCCGAACAACAACCCGCUUUGCGGUCGCAAAAUCGAGUUGAUGCACAACGGAAAGACGGUCCAAGCUACGAUCGAAGACACGUGCCCUGGUUGCAGCGGUCCCUACUCAGUCGACCUUUCACCUGGACUGUUCAACAAGCUGGCCAACCCCGAAGAACAGGUGAUGAACAGCUUCACGGUAGAUUGGAAAUUU